GUCUCACAACAGGCCAGACUUGCAUACGUCAGUCCAACCUUCCUACUGUGAGGUAAUCUGCAAUUGCUACCCUCGAUCGACUUUCCGGGCAGAUCACACCUUUACAUACAUAGGUACUCGGCUCCCUUCGUAUGGUAGCAAUUGGGCCCGUCGCAUGCCAACACCACGUACCCUUCGCUACAACUAAGCCGCCGCGCUGAUUGCUACCUUUCUAUUACCCACCAUGGCCACGCGAGCAAUGUCAGACCUAUCCAUCAACCCCUCCUCCACAGCCCCCAAAGGCAAAUCCAAGAGCAAGAAAGCAGCCCCAGUAGCCGACUCCUGGGAAGACGAGGACGUGCCCUCAGACACGGAAUCCCAAUCCCCCCUCCCCGCCGCCUCCUCCUCCCCGCUCUCCCCCUCCGCCGACCCCAAAAUCCACGGCUCGGGCUUCGCCGCACCCCCUCCGACACCCAGCUCGCCAUCCUACAGCUCGGGGACGCCUCCGUGGCAGUCCGUUCCCGGCGCGGCAUCGGGCAGCAGCAGCGGCGGCGAGGCGGAAGGCAAGAGGCCCGAGAAGACGGACGCGGUGGCCCGGCGCAUGAUUGCCAGCGCGCUGGGGGUGCGGGCGCCGCGGGCGACGGAGGAGCAGCGCGCGUACGACCGCGCGGUUAGGGAGAAGGAGCGGAAGAGGAGGGAGGAGGAACGCGAGGCGGAGAAGAGGAGGCUGGAGGAGGCGGAGAGGGCGAAGGUGGCGAUUUGGGAGGAUUGAGGGGGGUUGGAGUAAAGGUAUGGCCUAUCAAUCGAAACCUAUAGGGUAGGUAGGGGGGAAUGGAUGGGAUGGUUGGUUGGUUGGUUUAGGAUCGGUGCAGCACGGAUGGCCCUGUCUGUAUGUGGUAUUCAGAGAGCGCUUCCGUACGUACCCGCCAGUGUAUAUUGGAUAGGGGAGGGUGCUUUGUGCGUGGUUCCUAGUGUUUUCAGCGCUUGUUCAAAUUCGACCUUAGGUUUGCCCGUGUAGGAUAUGGAUUUCAAGAAAAUUGGUUAAUUAAUACACUGUCUCUAAUGCCUUGUAUCUAUCUAGAAUGAAGCUAUAGUGUCUGUGCCGUGAUUCUUGGUGUCGGUAGAGAAUAAUACAUACGGGUCUUAGGAUGCCCUUUCAAUGAUAUCUUAGGUAGAUAUAUUAUGAACGAAGUAUUUUAAUUUAUAUACGAGGAGGAAAUAUUUACUACCAUCAUAAUAAAUUGAAGUGGUGGUGCUUUUUAUU